CUCAAGAUGGCGGCGACCAGGGGCAGCGGUGACAGCGACAGCGCGGUGGCGGCUCUCGGCCCGUCCGCGGCCCGCAAGCACCUGGGCAUCCCCGAGGCCGUGUUCGUGGAAGAUGUAGUGGCCUUUAUGAAGCAGGCUGGUAAUGAAACAGCGGACCUGGUGUUGAGGAGGCUGGACGAGCAGUACCAGAAAUACAAAUUCAUGGAAUUGAACUUAUCGCAGAAAAAGAGAAGGCUAAAAAGUCAAAUCCCAGAAAUUAAACAGACUUUAGAGAUCUUAAGACACAUGCAGAAGAAAAAGGAUUCCACAGAUCCUAUGGAGACGCGCUUCCUCCUGGCGGACAAUCUCUACGCCAAAGCAUCCAUCGCUCCGACAGAUAAAGUGUGCCUAUGGUUGGGGGCCAAUGUAAUGCUUGAAUAUGAUAUUGACGAGGCUCAGGCUCUGCUGGAGAAGAAUCUAUCCACUGCAACCCGUAACCUAGAGGGACUAGAGGAAGAUCUAGAUUUCCUGCGAGACCAGUUCACCACUACAGAAGUCAACAUGGCGAGGGUGUAUAACUGGGAUGUGAAAAGGAGAAGCUCAGAAGCAGCCUCUAAGAAUAGUGCAUAAUGCCACAUACACACCACACAUCUACCAACACACACACAUAUGCACACAAAACUAUUUUUACACUUGGUUUAACUGUCAAAACUCACUGUUGUUUUCUCAUUAAGAACCCCAGCAAUUUGGCAAAAUUUGCAUUUCAGCCUUUUGAAAUCGGAACAGCUACAGUGAAAGGUGAAAUUGAAAAGCUUAAGAAAAAAUUGCGGGAGAGAGAGAGCCUGAAAUCACGGUUUAUUUAUUGGCGUAAACAUGUUGGUUUAUUGCAUGCUUACAUGCUGUUUGUGGGUGCGAAAAGACAAAGUCCACUGGGAGACGUGGAGAGGUUUGUGGGUGAGCAGCGGUGCAGCAGUCCGCAGCCCUGACAUACAAUCACCAUAGAUGCCUCGAGUAUCCGAGCCACAAGUUAUAUUCUCAAUGUGAUAUGACACCUGUAAAGAUUUUGUACGGUUCUAUCAUGAGAUGUUAUUAAACUGCUGAAUUC